UGUAUGCCGUUAGUAUCGUAGACGGUUAGCAUAGCUUGGAGUGUUUGUGUUGGUCUUAGUACAAUGGGAAGUGAAGAUGAAACAAAUCGGACGCUCUUCAUUAGAAAUCUAGAUCAAAGAGUGACGGAGGAACUUUUGUUUGAACUGUUUUUACAGGCUGGACCGCUUAUCAAAACGAAAAUUCCAAAGCACACCGAUGGAAAACAGAAAACAUUUGGUUUUGUCAUGUACAAACACGAAGAGUCGGUGCCAUAUGCUUUGAAACUACUGGAAGGGACAUCGCUAUACGACCGAACUAUAUACAUUCAGUUCAAAUCAGGAAGCAGUCAUGAUAAUAGUUCAGGGAACUCACAAAAUUCAAGUCCUGCGAGCACUCCCAGUCCACAUGGACCAAGGACACAAGUUCAGUUAAAUUCUUCACCAUAUGCCCCGCCUCCUCUGAUGCAAAAGUCUUUUUCAUCUUCUGAAAAUUUGCAAAAGCAAAUCCUGAUGACCAAUUUGAUGUGGCAGCAACAGAUGCAGCAACUCCAGCAAUUAAAUGCGGGCUUAACAGGAAUGCAGCCGAGGCAACAACCUGUGAGCGGGAGUUCUACUGGAGGUGGCUCACGGCAGUAUAACAACUCCUAUCGCCAGAUGAGCAGCGGUGGCGGCAGCGACCACAAUAGAAAUCAACGCCACACAGAUGAUCUGAACCCUGGUCGCCGCCAACAGCACAGCCACAGCCACAGUCGGGACAACUUCUAUAACCAUGACAACAGAGGCGGCAACCGUCAUCAGAACAGAGGUGGCGACCGAAAAUAUGAUGAUAGAAGUGGCAACCGAGGCUACCAAGACAGAAGAUGGAGACGGUACUGAGACGCUAUGGGGAUUUUUUUUUUUUUUAAGAUUUUAUAAUGAGCUUUUUUUAAACAAAAAUUUCUUCAAAUCUGUUGUGGACAGUUUACUUGGGAAGAUCAAAAAUUCAUGUGAAAAAAAACAUACAAAAAAAAACCAAACAUACUCAGGUUGUUUGUAUACGAUGAUACUGAUUUGAAGAUUUAUUGAUCUGCCAUUGUAUUUACGUUUAGGCUGUUUUUCUUUGAGCAAUUCUUUCUAACAUGAGUUUCUCCUCACAACAUGAGAUUAUGUCGUGAAUCAGGAAUACUUUGUCAUUUCAUUUCAUGUACUGCCGUACAUGAAAUGUAUGGAAGUAUAUAUAGCGGUUUUUUUUUUUUUUUUUCGGAAACCGUCAAUGGUGUUGAUAAAAGUGCUCAACAAAUGAGGAGCGGAAUAUCGAUAUAGAUGUAGGAAAAAAACGUUAUGAGUGCGUGAUGCACGAAACAAGCUUGUACUGCUAUGUAUUCAAUUUUUUUUCCUACAUCAAUGUUGAUAUAUACACACACAAACUAAACAAAAAUAAAAUAAUCACUGUCCAAGGCAACGAAUGCCAGCCAGGAUGUUGGAGGGCGUCCGGGUUGCGUAGCGAUCUAUUCCGUUGCUUACCAACACAGGGAUUGCUGGUUCAAAUCCCCGUGUUACCUCCGGCUUGGUCAGGCAUCCCUACAGACACAAUUGGCCAUGUCUGCAGGUGGGAAGCCGGAUGUGAGUGUGUGUCCUGGUUGCUGCACUAGCGCUUCCUCUGGUCGGUCGGGGUUCGUGUUCGGGGAGGGGGGACUGGGGGGAAUAGCGUGAUCCUCCCACGCGCUACGUCUCCCUGGCGAAACUCCUCACUGUCAGGUGAAAAGAAGUGGCUGGUGACUCCACAUGUAUCAGAGGAGGCAUGUGGUAGUCUGCAGCCCUCCCCGGAUCAGCAGAGGGGAUGGAGCAAGGGCCGGGACGGCUCGGAAGAGUGGGGUAAUUGGCCAGAUACAAUUGAGGAAAAUCCCCCCCCCCCCCAAAAAAAAGGAUGACUGCCAGUCUGCAUGGGCUAGCAGUUAGCUUAGCCUGCCCCGCUUCCACACCCACUGGAUGAAGCGGACCAGGCUUCCCCAGCCGAUCCAACACCAGCUCUCCCAGCCAGACACCCUCGGCUUUACCUCCUCGGUCGCAGCUCCAGGCAGGGCUGUGGUCCCUGGACCCACAGGACACAGCAGACCAAGCUCUCCAGCCGAUCCAGCACCAGCUUUCCCAGCCAUCAAAUGAAGACAAAGACACUGCAUGGAUAGGAGUGGGUGAGGCCGCCGCAAACGUGAAUUCGCGCCGCCAUAUUCCCACACCAGUACUGGGUGAGGCCGCUGCAAACGUGAAUUCGCGCCGCCAUCUUACCACGCCGGAAGCGGGUGAAACAAAAGGCAUUGAAGAAAGUGACAGCUAUAUCUUCUACUCAAAAAGUAUACUUCUUUUGCUUGUUGUCUUUUUUAUUUUAAACAUUUAAAUGUGUUUGGUGUAUUGGGCAAGUUUUGUAUCCUACAAAUAGUCUGGAAUGAUGCACCAACUAUUUUAUUGUACUUCAGGUAUUUCAGCAAAAAACAAUGAUUUCUGAUAAAGAUUCAAUUCCACCAGCAACAAUAAUCCUGCAAUGGUUCAAUACUUUGUUUCCUAUAUUUUGUUAGUUCACCGAGACAUUAACCUGCAUUUAGGGGUAAAAGUAUUUUAAUGUCUUUUUUUUCUUCUCUUAACAUGGUUUAAAGCGAAUAAUUGUAUUAUUAAAAAAAAUCCAUUCAUUUGA